GAUUGAAUCAUCGAUGCGGCCGGGCUUAAUCUUCCGUAGUCAGACCUUGAAAGCAUGUGGAAGACAGUCAUUCCUUUUUCAAGGGUCGGGCUCAACUUGCCCUUAAGCCCUGAACAUUCCGAGGCCCCAUAGUUCAAUACGGAUAGAUUGCUGGGGAGCAUAUAUAUCUAGCGCAUUGUACGCCCACCAAAUUGAAUAUACACCCACCAAGUUUGCAACUCACUGACGAUUCACUUCAAUUUGCAAUAUGCCCCUGAUCCCAAGUGACCCCAGUUCGUGGUCAUCCAAUGUGCAUCAGGAAGUUUUCAGCUGUUUUGUAGUCGCAUCAUCUACUGCUGUGCUAUACGACUGGGCACUGACGUUCGGCCAAGAGUCCGAAUUGAUCUGGAGGCAACGUUGGUCUGUCAUGACUGUUCUAUAUAUCGCCGUGCGCUACAUUGGAAUACCAUACUCUGUCGGCAACAUUCUGUUAAAUCUCCCGGGAGUCUUGACAACAGACAUGGUGAGCAAUAUUAUGAACCUCGUACUAUCGUGGACGAUUUUCAUCAUAAAUCCCAUGCUGAAUGUCUUCAUGAUCACUCGGUUAUAUGCUAUGUACCAGCGAUCGAGAAAGAUGCUCAUCUUUCUCGUUGCAACCUUUGUCUCUAUCACAAUCGUCGUUGGAGUGAUUGGCACAGCAGGGAACAACGGUAUAUCAAUGGAUGUGUUCAUCCUCCGCCGCACACAUCAAUGCGUUUUCAAAGUCAAUGCAGGCGAACAACUUCGGUUGAUCGAGACUUAUUCGCUCGCUACUGUAUGGGAAGUCUUGUCGUUGUGUCUUGCAAUCUGGAUUGUUGUAAAAUACUUCCGCGGGCUUCCCCCAUCAUCGACAGGACGGACUGCUGGGGAUUAUUUCAUGGUGUUAAUCAAGACCCAUGUACUUUAUUUUGCAUUUUUUGCUGUCAGUGCUUGCUUCAACCUUGGCUUGGCGUCUCCAGAAGUCUUGGACUCGUCUUCCGUGGGGGCUCAGAUUUACCGUGGCGUACUCGAACUUGUCACGCUCCUGCAGAUGUUUGUUGUGGGACCGCGCCUCAUUCUUAGUAUCCGAGAAUAUCACGCUAAACUAGUGGCCAACUCCGAGGCGGGAACUGACAUGGAGACAAUUGCUUUACAGGAACGCAUACGUUUACGAACUAUUAGCAGUGAUGUCUAGAUCCAAAUAAUUCUAUAGCAGGGUACAUGUAAAUUUUCAUUGUAAUACUUCUAAAGAAGACCCCUUGUAUGUGUUGCCAUACUGUACAGAAUCUCUGUGCAUACCACAUCUAAAAAAGUCGAACCGGUCAAAACAAGUUUUCAACAGAAGCUUGUAUGUAGCCGAGCGCCUAGCGUCGCCUAAGGACCUCUCCACCAAUGAGAGCGCA